GUUGGGUUCGAUUCUUGCGAAGCCCACCUUUUUUCCUAAUGCCAGGGAUAGGCCGUCCGAUCCGUCGGACGCCCCUAUCCACUCAAAUGCGCUGCCUCGCUCGCCUCUCGUCCCCGCGUGUGCUGCCUGCUCCCUCGCUCGUCCCAGUGUCCUCCUCCCCCACCUCGGCGGCUCCUUCCCAACAUCGGCGGGGGCGCCUCACCCACCCCGGCGUCAUCCUCCCCAACCCCGGCGUCUCUCGAGGCCGUGGCGAGCAGGGGCGGGCCAGCCAGCGGCACGGGCGCGGGGGAGAAGCAGCGCAGCCGACGGAGGAGCUCCAGGCGGCGUCCAUAGCGGGGCAGCAGGUAGAUCUUGACAACUUUGACGAAAAGGAAUUCCCGAAGGCAGCAGAUCUUGAAUUCAUGGAUGGCAUAUUGGAGGAAGAUGAGCUAUGGAGCAGAUCAUUUGUUUUACUUGGCUGUGGAUUUAACUUUUGUAAUUAUUUAUGAUACAGCACUAACUGCUAACUGUACUGUCCAUAAUAAGUACUCAAAACAUUUUUGGUGAUGAUAUAAGCAUGUAUUUUGUUCCCCAACCAA